AUGAGGCAGCAAAAUGUCUCUUCCUUCAAGCCAUGGCGGGCCAUUUGUCUCUCGAAUGCGGGGAAGAUGUGGGGCUCGUGGGGCUCAAGCAGCUCUCGGCAAAGCUUCCCCAUUGGUUACAUCGACGUAAUGACAUCGAGUCUCAGGUACUCUUGCAUCUAUCUAUCAAUGUAUGUCAUCGCGUUGACUCGACCUUCUUUUGCUAAGCCGUUGAAAACUCUAGCAGCUAGUCUUGCCGUCACACGCGCGAUGCAUAUCCAAUCGAUACCCAUGUGGACUGGAUCUAGCAACAAUUACGCCUAUCUUGUGAGAGACGACAAGACGAAUGAUGCCGUUAUCAUUGAUCCAGCGAAUCCGCCGGAGGUAGCUCCUGUAGUCAAGGAACAGGUUGAUGCUGGGAAGAUCAACCUGACUGCGAUAGUGAAUACUCAUCACCACUGGGACCAUGCUGGAGGAAACAAGAAGAUGCUCGCUCAUUUCAAAGACCUCCCCGUCAUCGGCGGCAAAGACUGUGAAGCAGUCACUCGGACACCCAAACACGACGAGACCUUCAAGAUCGGUUCCGGAAUCACAGUCAAGGCUUUACAUACGCCAUGCCAUACACAAGACAGCAUUUGCUGGUUCAUGGAAGACGAUUCAGAGAAGGUGGUUUUCACUGGAGAUACAUUGUUUAUCGGAGGGUGCGGAAGAUUCUUCGAGGGUACCCCAGCUGAGAUGCAUACGGCGCUGAACAAGACGCUGUCGGCGCUGCCGAAUGAUACUAAGGUCUAUCCUGGCCACGAAUACACAAAGCAGAACGUCAAGUUCUUGGCUAGCGUGCUGCAAACAGAGCCCGUGAAGAAACUGCAGACCUUUGCAGAGAACAACGAGCAGACGCAGGGAAAGUUUACGAUUGGGGAUGAGAAGGAAUAUAAUGUUUUCAUGAAAUUAAAUGAUCCAACCGUUCAGAAAGCAACAGGCAAAACAGAUGCUGUCGAUGUCAUGGAGGCGCUUAGGGAGAUGAAGAACAGCAUGCCUGCGCCAGAAAAAGCGAACUUGUAA